AUGGCAAAGUCAUUGCAAAAUCUUGAAGAACCUUCUGAUUGUCCUCAUAAAUUUGGUAGCAUCAUUCCUUCGAGAAUGAGAAGAUGUACAGACCUUGUAAUAAAGUGUGGGACUGAAUUGAGGGUCAGGGAGCAUACCGUGGUGUACACAAGACCAAAAGAGGAUGAUGAAGAGAGUGUUGCUUCAUGCAAUCAUAUAACCAUAAUUGACGGUGACUCGCCUGAAGAAGAAGAAGAUGUUGAAGACGCUCCACCUGAAUUGGAGGAAGGUGUUAAGGCUACUGUGGAUGAUCUAAAGGAGAUCAAUCUUGGUACUUCAGAGGACCCGCGUCCAAUAUACAUAAGUGCUUCACUGAGUCCUGACGAAGAGAAGGCAUAUAUUAAACUCUUGCGGGAGUAUCAAGAUAUUUUUGCAUGGACUUAUAAAGAAAUGCUGGGUUUAGAUCCAAAAGUGGCCGUCCACCAUUUGGCUGUUAAAAAGGGAGUUCGACCUGUGAAGCAAGCACAACGGCGAUUUAGACCUGAUUUGAUUCCGUUGAUCGAAAUGGAAGUCAAUAAACUCAUUGAAGCCGAGUUUAUUCGUGAAGUUAAAUAUCCCACAUGGAUUUCGAGUAUCGUGCCUGUGCGAAAGAAAAAUGGACAAAUCCGCAUCUGCGUCGAUUUCAGGGAUGUUAACAAUGCUUGUCCCAAAGAUGACUUUCCUUUACCGAUCACUGAACUCAUGAUUGAUGCAACUACUGGGCAUGAAGUUCUGUCAUUUAUGGAUGGCUCUUCUGGAUAUAAUCAAAUUUGA